CGUUUGUAUUUUCUUCUUUUUAAACUUCGUCUCUUUGUCUAACUUUGAAUUUUCAAUUUUGUGGCUUUGGAAAAAAAGCAUCUUUUUUUCUGUUCGAAUAGCGAAGCGAUAUCCAAACCUAUAAAUCAUCAGCCAUAUGGAGUAGAAUAAUUAUCGUAUAAUCCUUAUACUCUCCUUUUACCUACUUGGUAACGUGGCAUCGCCAAACGACAUUCACUUCAUCUAGUCGCGUGAUUGACAUUUUUUGUCAUUUUCGUUUUCGAUUCCGAAGAUGACGGACGCCGACAUCAAGAAACCUGUCACCACCGACGCCGAAGCGGGUCGCGCCGAGUCCGGGGAACAUACCGCCGACCAGGUUUUGGUAUCUCUCGGAUAUUCCCCUGAAUUGCAACGGAAUCGGUCUACCCUCCAUGUCGCCUUCAUGUCCUUCGUUCUGGCAGCCAUCCCCUAUGGUUUAGCCACGACGAUGUACUAUCCCUUAGUCGCAGGUGGUCCGGUCGACAUCAUAUGGGGAUGGGUAGCCGUAUCGCUCAUCGUCAUCUGCGUGGCCGCGUCCCUAGGUGAAAUCACGAGCGUAUACCCAACCGCCGGUGGUGUCUAUUACCAGACUUUCAUGUUGGCAUCUCCACAAUGGCGUCGACUUGCUGCUUGGACCUGCGGAUGGUUAUAUGUCGUCGGAAAUGUUACCAUCACUUUGGCUGUCAACUUUGGUACUACCUUGUUCUUGGUUGGAUGUGUCAAUGUUUUCGAAACACCCGAGGGCGAGGGAGUGCUCGCGGGCGAGCCUUACCAAGUAUUCCUCAUCUUUUUGGGAAUCACAUUUUUGUGCAAUGCCGUUUCGUCUCUGGGGAACAAAUGGCUCCCUAUUCUUGAUACUUUCGCAAUUUUCUGGACAUUUGCCGGCGUUCUCGCUAUCAUGGUUUGCGUCUUAGCCAUCGCCAAGGAAGGCCGUCACGAUGCGAAGUGGGUUUUUACUCAUUUCGAAGUCAACUCUGGCUGGACACCCGGUUGGUCGUUCUUCGUCGGUCUUCUUCAUGCCGCCUAUGCCACUUCUUCUACCGGCAUGAUCAUCUCGAUGUGCGAAGAAGUGCAAGCGCCAGCGACUCAAGUCCCUAAAGCGAUGGUGAUGACUGUUUGUAUCAACACCAUAGCCGGGUUGAUGUUCAUGAUUCCGUUGAUGUUCGUUCUUCCUAACUUACAAGAACUCGCUCUCCUAUCUCAACCGGUCCCGGCCAUUAUCAAGAGCGCGAUAGGAAACCCAGGGGGUUCGUUCGGCUUGUUAGUCCCUCUUCUUGUCCUAGCCGUCAUCUGUGGUAUCGGUUGCACGACGGCUACUUCGCGAUGCAUUUACGCCUUUGCUCGAGAUGGCGCCAUUCCCGGAUCCAAGUGGUGGAAGGUUAUCGACCACAGGCUAGACGACGUACCAUUAAACGCCAUGAUGUUGAGUAUGGUUGUUCAAAUCAUUCUCGGUGUCAUCUACUUCGGUUCCACCGCCGCCUUCAACGCCUUCUCGGGAGUGGGUGUGAUCGCUCUUACAGCUUCUUACGCUACGCCGAUCAUAGUCAGCAUGCUCAAUGGUCGCCAGACUGUCAGCACCGGUAGUUUCUUUUUGGGUUCAUUUGGAUGGUUCUGCAAUAUUGUGGCUGUUUGCUGGUCUCUUCUAGCGAUUCCGUUAUUCUGCAUGCCUACUACCGUUCCGGUAAUCGAUCCUACGACGAUGAACUACGCCUCGGUCGUCUUCGUAGGAUUUAUCGCCAUCUCCGCCGGCUGGUACAUAGCCUGGGGACGAAAGAACUAUGUUGGGCCGCCGAAAUGAUUUGGCCGAUGUUGGAUGCCCGUGAAGUGUGGAUAGAGCCUACUCACCCGCCGGAUGGUCUGCUUGUGCCCAACUUGGUGCUCCGUGCUCGUGUUUUGCCGUGAUACCCAAGAAAAUGGAUGGAUUUGUUAUACGGACAAGGGGCCGUCGUGAUGUGAUAGCCCACAAGUUGAUACACAAUGCGAGCUCUAGCGAGUGCAGCAUAUUACAUGAAUAAAUAUUGCGCCACAACUAAUGCGAUCGAACAAUUUUUCUUUCCAUGAUACUGACCAACUUGAUAAUAGCAUUGCGAUUCCUUUCGUAACCUGAACCAUCCCAAACCCAUAACGCGUGCGAUACUCGUACCUAUGGCGAUGGGUGAACUCAGCUAAGGAGGUAAGUGUUGAAAUCAAACCCACCGCGCUGCCGUUCAGGGCAGUAAAGGAUUCCGAUUUGGCUCUACUCAUGGUUGUAAGCCAAUCCGUUAUCACUCAUGUAACACAGGGCCGGCACGACGUAGGCCGACAUUGCGUCAUAGCCACCGACGAGUGUACCUUGGCUACUUGCCUUAUUCUUAUCCAUGGAUGGAUAUCAAUCCAGGAUUAGUCGAACCGUGACGGCC